AUGGCCGCACCGGAAGUACAGUCGACCCGGUCGAGCUCUGCUUCCACCUCCAAAAUACAGACUGCCGAGAAGCGAGACAGCUUCACCAGUAGCAAUGGCUACCAUGAAUCCAAUGGCACCAAUGGAUACAAUGGCAUUGGCCGCUCCAAUGGAUAUGGAUCUUCCAGUCCAGUCCUUCAUUCCCCUACUUCAAGUACGACGAAGACGAGCAUCCUCCGGGAGAGGACUAUUCGGAUGACUCAAUCAAUGAGGGUACGGUUUGGAGGAUCCUCAGACAUGUUCCUCGACAACAUCAGCAGCUUCGAAGAUUUCCUCGAUGCCGUUGCUGACCAACGCUUGCGAUUCAUGCCGCACAGCGGCAGCAAGUGGGACAAAGUCCUCCGCUGGGCCGAAGGAUUCUGUACCUACGUCUACGGCUUCCAUCACAUCGUGCACACGUUCAUGCUCCACAGCGAAGACGCGUCCAGGAUGAUCUGGAACAGUGUUCUGGCGCUGUUGGAGAUGGGACCUCGGCACAUCAAGGUCCUCACCAAGGUCUUCAGCGUCCUCAACCGUCUGGGGAUGUCGAUCACGCUGUUGCUUCGUCAAGAACUGCUCUUGACUGCCACUUCCGAGAUUCGCCGUGGGCUGGCCCACGCGUAUUCUGACCUCAUGGAGCUGACUUGCGCCAUCAGCAUGCACUACGUCGGCAAGAGCCAAGGCGACCAGCGGAUUGACAUGGAAGAUUUCAAUGAUCAAUUUAAUGUCUACAUCAACGCGUAUUACCAGCAUCGGGAUCACGUGGCUGAUGCUUUGUGGUCUGUCCACAUGAAGAGCAUCUCGGAAGCGGAGACGGACAACUUCCACGACAUUCGCAGCUUCCUUGAGCCUGCCGAUAGAUCUGUCCAGAAGCUCAUGAUGGGCAGGCAUUCUCUCGGCAGCGAGAGGGCAGAAUUCACUUGUGAAUGGUUCAACUACCACCUGAACGACUUCGUGAUCAGGAACAACAAGAUGCUGCUGAUCACCGGACCCAGCGGCUGCGGAAAGACGAUGCUUUCCGACUGGAUUGUCGAGUCUCUGCGCGGCUCAAUGGAGUCGGAUCAGUACGAUGUCGUCUUCUAUCGCGUCUGGACUGACAUCCCCGAGACCACUUCCGCACUCAGCCUCGUGAAGGACCUCUUCAUGCAGACGCUCAACAGGAAUAUUGGCGAUGAAGUUCUCAUUUCCAGCGCUCGGCGAGCAAUGGACAUGGCAUCCAAUGGCAGCCCUGCUGCAGCAGUUGAGAAGGUCCUCUGGGAGGGUCUUGCCCACGUGGCUUCGCACUCCAAGCUGAUGAUUGUCGUCGAUGGCCUUGAUCAAAUCACAGGCGACCAGCACGCCGUCUUGGAUCAUCUCCACUUUGUUGCCGCUGCGGACAGGCAUUCCAAGGUCAUCGUCCUCAGCCGACCUCUCCAGAAGCCCGCGCCAUCGAAGACACAGCACCUCUCCAUCAGUGAAAAGAACAUCCUCCACGACAUCCAGCUGCUCAUCGAGUCCCGCAUGGACGAGAACGACCGCAUGUCAGGCAUGAACAUCACCGACAAGAAGGAGAUUGCGCAGAAGAUUGCCGAAAAAUCGCACGGCUCCUUCCUCUGGGCCGACUGCGCCUUCCAAUGCCUCAAGCACGAGCGCACGCCCUCGGGCUUCAUGCAGUGGCUCGCGCGCGCACCGAAGAGCAUCGAGCACUUCGUCGACCACCACGUCAACGAGCUGCAGCUGGCCGACGCCGAGACGCGUGCCAUCCUCUCCUGGAUCCUCGCCGCGCACCGGCCGCUGGCCGUCACGGAGAUCAAGCAGCUGCUGGAAAUCGACACGAAGAACCACACCAUCAGCGUGCGCUACGACGACGUCACCGAGACCAUCCGGCACGCCGUGGGCCCGCUCGUUGAUAUUGUUGAGGGCCACGUCUGCCUCAAGCACCCCAGCUUCCGGCCGCACCUGGUCGAGUUCCAGACGGACAAGUUCAAGUUCGACGUCAAGAAGGCGCAGUCGUCGCUGACGCUCCGGCUGCUAGCGUACGUCAAGCACUACGUCCACGAGGACACGGACGUCGCCUGGCGCCCGGCCCGCCCCUACGAGGCGCGCACGUACUUCGACAGCCACGCGCUGCUCGAGUACGCGACGCGGUACUGGGUCGACCACUUCCGCGUCUCACGCUUCUACAGCACUGAGCAGAAGACCACGGAGAUCGAUGUCCGCCUCCGCAAGUGCUGGCCCAGCUCGACGCUGCUCGCUGUGCUCGAGGGCGCGUGCUUCGGCUGGGGCACCGUCAGCGUCGAGCGCGAGACGAACCAGCGUGUCGCGUUCGAGAUGCGCAAGGCCAUCCUCGGCAUGCACGCCACGGCGACGCUGCAGAGCAUGGUCUUCCUGAUCCAGCACUACACGCAGACGCGGCGCACCGAGGUCACGUCGCUCGCGUACGAGGCGUGGCAGAUCAGCCGGACCAUCUCGUCGUCGGACACGACCGUGGCGCUCGAGUGCGCCCACGCCUUCGUCAUGGCUACUGACACGUUGACGGUCAAGAAGCGCACCGAGGUGGUGACGCGGAAGGAGGAAAUGCUGCAGUAUCUGAUCGCGACGCACAAGCGCACCGGCGGCGUGUCGCACGAGCGCACCAUCCGCUACACCAAGACGCUGGCCGAGCUCUACGUGUCGAUUUCUGAGACGGACAGAGCCGUGUCGUUGUACCGCGAUCUGUACAACGUCAGCAUCGAGCGCUACGGCUACUUCCAUGAGGAGACGACGGCCGUGUACAACACGCUCGUGCAGCAUCUGAAGGCGACCAAUCGCCAUGACACGGUGCUCGAGAUUGUCAGGGACUACCAUGCUUAUGUUUGCAAGACGUUGUCGGUGAACGACGAGAGGCGCGUGAAGUCGACGAUGAACCUGGUGUCCAUGUACGAGGAGCGCAAGGAGGUGGCGAAGGCCGAGGAGGUGCUGGUCAGCUACUGGAAGAGCGUCAUGACCAGCAGCAAGUCGUCGUCGACGUCCAUCGAGACCAAGGUCGACAUCGCUGUCGAGUACUCGCGCUUCCUGCGGCGCCACCAGCGCACCGAGGAGGCCGAGGCCGUCAUGCGCGGUGUGUACUCGGAGGUCGUGAACACCACCGAGGAGUCGCGCCAGGAGAGCUCGUCCGUGUUCAAGCGCGUCAAGGCCAUCGCCCAGGAGUUCAAGUCCCUGAAGUCGUUCAGCAUGGCCCGCUCCAUCUACUCGCGGCUGUGGGAGCAGACCAAGUCGUCGUCCUCCACCGAGUCCUCGUCCAUGUCGGAAGAGGUGGCCACGGAGCUCGCCGAGACGGUCAGCGAGGAGAUCACGACCAAGACGGAGACGACGACCAUGUCGACGUCCAACUUCUCGACGCUGACGACCGAGGACGAGUCGACGCUGCGCGAGGUGUUCCAGUCGUCGCUGACCAUGUCGUCAUCCAACAAGUCCAUGUCGUCGUCGGUCAUCAAGACGGGCAUGGCGCUGUCGUCCAGCUACUACAAGAAGGAGCAGUACCACGAGGCGGCCACGACCUACUCGCAGAUCCUCAGCAAGACGUGGGCCUCGAUCGAGACGCGCGAGUCCAGCGUGCAGGAGCAUUCCGAGGAGAUGAUCGAGGUGGCCAUGAGCCUGGCCGAGUGCUGCUUCCAGCAGCUGCAGAUCGAGCGGUCCGAGACCAUCUACCGCAACGUCUUCCGCACGCUGCUGCUUCGCUCGUCCAAGAACAGCAGCCACCACGAGUGGGUGGUGCGCAAGGCCCGCGCCGUCAUCGAGUACCACAAGCGCAUCUACCGCUUCGACGCCGCCGUCACCUACUACCACGACCUGUGCCUGCACCUGCACCAACGCCUCGGCAAGGCGCAUUCUACCACCAUCGAAAUGUUCAUCGAGUACGGCACGCUGGCCCGCAAGCUCGGCCGCCGCAAGGACGCCGUCGAGGCCUUCCGCCACAUCCACCUCGCCUUCAAGCACGAGGAGGGCUGCAUCCUGCGCAAGGGCGUCGAGCCCAGCCUCACGCUGUGCGAGCUGUACGAGCAGGACCACGCGUGGGGCGAGGCCCGCAGCGUCUACGCCGCCCUGUGGCUCACCGUCACCACGCACGCCAAGGACUUCGAUCUGCGCGAGUGGGUCGAGGUUGUGUACGAGCGCUACCGCUUCGUGCUCGAGAAGCUGUCGACCGGCAAGAAGGAGGAGUACGAGGCGCUGCGGCAGGUCGCCGUCGAGUACACGGCCACGUGCAAGACGCUGUACGGCGAGAAGCACGAGCGCACCGUGCGCGCCACGCUGCAGCUGGCCGAGCUGUGCGAGCGCAGCGAGACUCACCGCGAGGAGGCGAUUCGUCUGUACGAAGAGGCGCUCAAGCAGAGCAGCAAGACCAGCAUGACGACGACCAGGUCGAACAGCUCGCAGUCCACCAGCCAGACCACCUCUACCACCUCCAGGACGACGACGACGACGACCACCGUCUCGUCCGUCGCCCGCAACAAGCUCGCCCAUAUAUACUCGUCCAAGGAGACGUCGUCCUCGCGCGCCGUGUCCCUCCACGAAGAGCAGCUGGCCUCGACGCGCGCCGAGUACGGCGCCUCCUCGUCGGAGAGCCUGACGGCAACCCGCGAGCUGGUCAGAAGCUACAAGCGGCAGAACACUUCCGAGAGCACCUCCAAGGCCGUCUCGACCCUGCGCUCGUCGGUCCUCGAGAUCUUCAAGAGCGAGCGCAGCUCGGAGCGCGUGUUCGAGGCGGCGCGCAGCCUGGCGCAGACGUACGUCGCGCACGGCUUCAAGGCCGAGGCGGCGUCGGUCUCCAAGGAGCUGCGCGCCUCCAUCUUCCAGCAGCUGCGCGAGACGAAGCGCUCCGAGAGCAGCCUGGCCGUCUUCCUGGCCGCCUUCGAGGAGACGGCCGUCGGGCGCAAGUCGUUCAGCGCCGCCAUGGCCGACAUCCGCUCCGAGAUCUUCUUGUACUCGGCCUACUUCGAGGCGCUGUCGUCGUCAACCAAGACAUCGACGUCGAUGCACAUCACCACCAUCCUCGCCCGCGGCGUGCGGCUGCGCACCUUCCUGCUCGAGUCGGAGCGCACGGAAGAGGCCAAGCGCGUCGAGGAGGAGCUGUUCGCCAAGUUCGCCGAGCACAUGUCGGUCGAGUCGACGACGACCGUCGUCGACAAGCAGACGCACCGCACCACCCUCGAAGCCUUCUUCUCCAUCUUCCUCUCCAACAUGGCCGACACCGACGAAGACUCCGAGGAAUCCAACUCGACCCAAAUCUCCAUCACCAUCAUCGAGCACGCCGUCAACACGGUCCGCGAAUACGCCAACGCCGCGCGCUACGCCAACGCCCUCGCCCUCGCCGCCCUGGUCCAGCGCUACGUCGCCCUGGUCGGCGGCUUCGCCUCGGGCGCCGUCGUGCACGCCGUCGCGCGCCUCUGCCUGUACCUGGCGGGCCGCGGCACCGAGAAAAACAGCUGCAAGCAAGCCGACGCGGCGCUGUACGCGCGCUGCCUGGAUCUCAGCCGCGCGCUGCUGCGCCACGCGCUCGAAGCCUGCGCCGCGCUCGGCAUCUCGCUGACCGACAUGGCGGUGACCGAGCUCAACGAGAUCGUCGUCGUGCUCGGCGACGAGCAGCGCAGCUACGAGGUGCUCGAGCACGUGUUGGCUGCGCUGUGGCACGACAGGACGGUGCAUCGCACGUGGUCGACGCAGUUGGUGCUCGCGAUUGGGUUGAGGUUGACGGAGACGAGGGCCGCGCAGGGACGGGUCGACGAUGCGAUUCACCUCGCCGAGGAUAUCAGGUACAACCUUCAUCGCGUGUAUGGGCCGUUGGACGUCGCGACGCUGCAGUUUACGAUGUUGUUGUCGAGUUUGUAUACCACGCGUGGUAGGCAUUCGGAGGCCGUGCAGCUGCAUGAGCAUGCGUUGACGAGGUUGGCGAAUGGUGUUGGUGCGAAGGAGGAUGGGGAGGAUGGUGUGAGCGGCAGCGCGGAUGAGAGUGCCAAGGCGGCCCUGGCGCAGUUGGAGGGCGCCCAGCGCUGCAUCGCUGCUGCUGGUGGGUGGAACGGCGCUGGUGUGGAUGCGGGCCGCUUCCGCGAGCUGUUUGGGGAGUUGUCGCAGAAGUAUGGCGGCCAGCGCGCUUGGGGUGAGAGGAAGAUGGCGCCCGUCGAGAAGUGGUCGAUGAAGGUGGAUGCGAAGACGGGCGCUGGGUGGAAGGCGCCUGAGACGUUUUCGUUGACGGCGGUGGGGUAUGAUGGCGCGAAGGAGGGUGGUGUCGGCCUGUUUGAUGGUGCGGUUGCUGGUAGGGCGAAGAGGGCGAGUGCGUUGAGGAAGGUGAGUAACCAUGUCGUCAUGCAUGGAUCGAGGUCUUCGAGCUAUGGAAGCCAGAUGAGUCAACUGCCUGUGAGAGCAGUGUAA